AAUGUGUCUCGGAGGAGGAUCAUUAGAUGGCAGCACUCAAUGUUGUUCGCUCCUUUAAGCAGUCAGUGAGAGAAGCGCUACAUCUGUCAGAUCUGAGGAGUUUGUUGUGUCCAGGUUUUUCGCGUUUAAGCUGAAAAGAUGGAGGAGUACCAUUCUGGAGAAGAAGUGUCUUUCAGCGCAGAUGAAGCAAGUAAUGUCGUGAAAGAGUGCAUCGAGGGUAUAAUUGGAGGCGUGGACUACAGCCAGAACAAAGUGAACCAGUGGACAGCCAACAUAGUCGAACACACUCUCACUCAGCUAGUCAAGCAGGGAAAACCAUUAAAGUACAUUGUUAACUGUGCUGUGAUGCAGAAAAGCGGUGCAGGUCUUCACACAGCAAACUCUUGUUACUGGGACACUACCACUGAUGGAAGCUGCACAGUCCGGUGGGAGAACCGCACCAUGUACUGUGUGGUCAGUGUGUUUGCUGUGGCUAUUGCACUAUGAGAAGGAACCAAGGCUGAUACAUGCACAAAUGCAGGCACAGAAGGGCAACGCCAUCUUUACCCUGACAAUCACAUCCUAAAGUCUGUUUUAAAGCUGUCUGCUGCAACACACCUCAUGAGAAAUGACUAAAACCAGGUUCAUUUUUGUUUACGCCCAAUUCACAAAGCUUAGACUGCAUUGCAAGUGCUUUUCAGUCAUGCAAACAUUGUACCUGUAGUUGCCCCCCUUUUUUUUUUUUAACUUGCAAAGGUAACACACACCUUUGCUCUGUAUAGAAUGAACUGCAAAUAUGUUGAUGCUUAAUUAUUAAAGUUGUUGGAUUUGGAUUUAAUAAUCCAGUGUUAAGUAAAUGUAUCAGGGUGGUUUAUGUUUAUUUAUGCAUUUGGCAGAUGCUUUUAUCCAAAGUGACUUACAGUGCAUUCAAGGUACACUUUGUAUCAGUUUAUGUUCCCUGGGAUUUGAACCCAUGACCUUGCUAGCACCAUGCUUUACCAGUUGAGCUACAGGAACCCCUUUAGUUUAGUCAUCUGUCUUUUGAGGAUUUACACAUACAACACUCAAAGCCUGAAAAAGUAAAAGCAUAUUCAGUUGCACAAUAUUAGGGGAAACAGACAAACAGUUCACAUAAUACUACAUGUUCAGCAGUUUUUCUUGGAACUGAAAUAGGUUUAUUUCCCUCCAUUAACAUCUGAAAUCAAACAACACUUAAACUGGUUUUAGUACAUUGCUAACAGAAAGAAAAUAGAAACAAUAAGAAAUCAGAAGAUUACGUUUUUAAAGAUGCACAAACAAAGCAGGUACUACACAGAACAGUAUUACAUGGAAAUUUCACUAACUAUUCCACCUUAUUAACAUAAAUAAAAAGGACUGAAAUUGAA